AACGGUCAAAAGCCGACGGCUGAUUAUCACCAUCGAUUCAUCUUAUGCUAUGCUGAGAAUCAAUUCAAUGGCUGAAUCGCAUCGUACGUAUCGAAUCCUACCCUAGCGGUGUUCUCUGCCCUGGCCUUGCCUUGAUUCCACGCCUACCCUACCGCCACCGCCACCGCCACCGCCGCCACCAUCACGCUCCUCGAUUGCAUCGCCGCUCCCCUGGAUUAAUUGAAAGGAACAAACUCCAGUAAGGCCAAUUGCUUGUAUAAAUAUGCAUAUAUAUUGAAAUCGCCGGCGCCCCGCUCCGCCCCGCCGAAGAUUGCUUCGUUACAAGUCAACCCUAGAGAUUUUUCAACACUUGCCGAGCUGGUGGUAUUUGAAAUUUCUUCAGAUCUACUCCUGAAUAACAACCCCUAUUCUGAAUCCUUCCAUAGGGAGGGAGGUGGAAGGGAAUCAGUAAUUCCAUUCAAGGAACGAAGACAAGGAGCAGACUGUGAAGUUACAAAGCAUUCAGAUGGAAAGCAUCCUUGGCUGGCAAGUGUUUUCUCUAGGCGGUAUAGCAUUGUGGAUUGUCAUCUCUACAAUCUUAAAUCUCACUCAAAAGAUCAGAUCCUUCGCCCAACCAUGGGUAUCUCGCCGCGUCAUCGCUGACGUACCUAUUAUUCUCAAGAUCCAGAAAUACCAACACAGACAUUUGGAUGCUUUCUUUUCUGGGUUGUCAUGCGUCGUUUCUGUGCCUUUCUAUACUGCUUUCCUUCCUUUGCUUUUCUGGACAGGGCAUUGUAAAUUGGCUCGGCAGAUGACUCUCUUGAUUGCCUUUUGUGAUUAUACCGGAAACUGCAUAAAAGAUGUGGUAUCAGUACCGAGACCAAGUUCCCCUCCUGUUAGGAGAGUAAUUGCCACUAAAGAUGAGGAAGAAAAUGCAAUGGAAUAUGGGUUACCUUCUUCCCACACUCUUAACACUGUUUGCUUGGCAGGAUAUCUGCUACACUACAUUCUGGACUAUGCCGAAAUCGGUGAUGCCUAUCUGAAGGUGGUGGGGUUCGCUCUGGUCUGUUUGGUUGUUGGUCUUAUUGGAUUCGGAAGGAUAUACCUUGGAAUGCACAGUGUGAUUGAUAUUGUUGGAGGCCUAGCUUUGGGAUUAGGAAUCCUCGCAUUCUGGCUCUCUGUUUCUGAAUACGUAGAUAAUUUCGUAGUUGCGGGUCAAAAUGUUAUAUCAUUCUGGUCCGCCCUUAGUUUCUUGUUGGUUUUUGCAUACCCAAGUCCCGAGCAUCCAACACCAAGUUUUGAGUAUCACACAGCCUUCAAUGGUGUUGCCUUAGGAAUUGUGAUUGGCAUCCACCAGACAUUUCAUCAGUUUCACCAUGAAAACGUUCCACGAAUCUUUUCUCAUCACCUCUCGUUUCUGCCAUUUGUGGGUAGAAUGCUGGUAGGAAUCCCGGGCAUACUCGUUGUUAAGUUUUGUAGCAAGGCUCUGGCAAAGUGGAUUCUUCCUAUCGUUGCUAACACUUUGGGAAUCCCAGUAAGAUCGACGAACUAUCUGCCCACCUUGAAUGGCAUGGUGGCUUCCGACAAGAAGUCGGAUGACCCAAGGCAAUCGGGCCAUGUCCUGAAAUUGUUGUUUUUCUCCAAGCAGACGUCGUUCGAUGUGGACACGGGCAUAAGGCUCUUCCAGUAUGCUGGCCUUGCCUGGUCUGUUGUUGAUCUUAUUCCUUCUCUGUUCUCUCACCUGGGCUUGUGAUUUGCAAAAAUUUUCUUGCUUUUUGGUGGCAGUAGAAAAAUUGAGUCUAUGAGUUGACCUAUGGUGUAUGUCUGAGAAAGAGGUUGUAUGUAUGUUCGACUGGUUGUAUGUGUAUAUAGUGUGGGAGAGACAUAUGCCUUAUCAUUUGUGCCAUCUAUGUUAGGUUGAAAAUUCAAUUGUGCAGUGGGUGUGUGCAAUUUGAAUUUUGAAUGGAAUUUUAAUAUUAAAAAAUUUGAAUUUGAACUGA